AUGACUUACACAGCACAUCGAGACACACAGGACACUCUUCAGAUUCUUGACCGAGCUGAGAUGGAUGCCGAAGAGAUUACCGACGUUGGUCUCUACAAGCGCUUCGGUCUGGAAGAUGAGUUUGAGUGCAACAAUCUUACAUUCUGGCAGAAGCUUAGGCCCCGAAUAUGGUCGAUCUUUGAAGUACCAAAGUCGUCUUCCGCUGCAAAGGUCAGCCGGCAAGUAUUUGUUUCAUUCACUCUGUCUAAACCUGAAAUCCCCCUUAGCAUAUUCAAGGGCACGUUUAAGGGCCGAGGGGACUGCUGUUGACAAAGCUAAUAGUUUAAGGUCUUUUAGCUGUAACUGAUCAUUAACCUGACAAGGGUGGACAGACUUAGACCUAAGUAGGACAUGCUGGAAUAAGCUUGACGACUGUCUACCGUUAGAGACAUGUUAACCUGGUAGGCGCUCCAAAGCCGGAAGCAUACUCAAUUUUGCGUUUAUUCAUAGUUUAACUAGCGAUGUAUGCCCUGGUGGUGGUUCGAUAUCCCCAGACAACUGCCUCAGUCACAUUAACGGACGAGUCACGUCCGCCAUAUCGAAAUUUGCCUGCCAGCGAAAGUCAGCUGCCCUUGUUUGCAGUUGAUAUUUCAAGUGUACCGCCCCAUACCCUCUGCUGUGGACGAUAUUCGUUCGUGUAGGUGCAUUGAUUGCUUCUUCACGCAUCUUACACGCAUUCAUUGGGUAAUAAUGCAGGACUUGAUCUUUUGGAGGGAGUCGCAUUGGUGUUUUCUUUAGGAUGGCAGGCUCAUUGUCAUAAAAAUCUAAUCGUCCUGCAAGUCGAAGUUGGAAUUAAUUGUAAUCGAACUAAGAAAAAUACCAAAAAUCGUUGCUAUAGUCAGCUGGAUAUUAUUUACAUACCGUAACGCGAGGGAGAUUUAUUUACAACGAAAUAAUAAUGGCAUACAACUGAAUAGCGACCCCGUCAACAAUUGCUACUAAAACGUUCCUAGAACAGAUCUCCCAAAACAAUUUCACAUGGUCUUUAAAUGUUACUGGUAUGUCAUAAAAGGAGAAUAGGAGCUGAUCCCGCUUAAGGAGAUUCUUCGUUUUUUAAUGUGCAAGGAUUAGAAACGACAUCGGUUUCGUGUGCCGAAUUACGAAUACAGUUUCUGGACUUGUCUACUUUUGCAAGUUUAGUACUCAUUUAUUUUCUGCUUGACGCUUGGCGUAUUCCCAAAAAUGGCUUCCUAACUCAACCUGGUAGGCCGAAAAGCAACCAUCCACUCAAUUUGAGGCAGUAUAUACAUUGGAUUUAAUUUCACCGUCGUCCAGCGCGGUCGGUAGGUUUGAGAACGAUUCGGAAUUGACAAAUUCCACUCCAAAAAUUCAAUUCCUCUGGUGUAUUCCAAGUAAAUUACAGGCCUUGGGCAUUUUUUAAUCGGCGCCUGGAGGCGAAACAAGUAAUUCAGCGGGCGAUUCACUGACGGCACCGACUGGGAAUUCUACGUUAACACCAAUCAACGGAUUAAUGCCUGUUAGGACUGCCCGGAACAUGAUACACCGCCCCUGUCGUCCGGCGGUCACGCCUGACAAAGAACCGCGAAAUCGCAGCUCAGUCCCGUCAAGCCAGCUAGCGUGCGAGCCAAUAAUUAGCACGCCGCCGCGUUACGCGCGACACUCGGGAGUCACCAACACACGAGGCUCUGCUCAUGCGGGCGCUCAGGACUAGACCAAUAGGAACACGCAAACCAGACAAGGGCAGAACCCUUAAAUACGGCCAGAGGAAUUGAGAGUGAUGUACACACUAAAGCCGUUCUCUAUGUCUUAUAUUCCGCAGGAAAGUGGCGUCCUACUUUUGGGCGAAUAUAGCAAUGCCAGUCCGAAAAAUCAUUAAGGCCGCACAUAAAUUGAGUGUGGCAAGGUGGCGAGGACAAACUGUGCAAAAAUAAUCACGUUGUAUUAUAAAAUUAAAAAGACUCAGUUAAUGACAGUCAAUUGAUUGUGUGCCCAUGGCUUAAACUGUGAAAGGUUAAAAUGUUAGUAUGUUAAAGUCUUAUAACCCAACUGAGUCCGAAAUGCUUACCAGUCGUAACUUUAUUAACGCCAGUAGACCCCGCAAUUGCUUACCGGCAAUGAAUGAAUAAUUAUUUACAAGCGUUUUCGAUAAAUGUGCUAGGAAACUUAAAGUAAAUCUGCGUUAGCUUUCAAUCAGUUUAAUUUCCUGAGGGUUAUAUCGAGGCAUUUUUCUCCGAUUUUCUUUUUUGUAAGCUUUACUAACGUCCUUCUGCAAAAACUGCAGAGGGUGGCAGCAAUACAUUUCGCUGUUAUUUUUCAGUUUCCAUUUACCCCAUCGUGCGACUACUUUGUUUAUCCCUUUCUUCGAUAUAUUCUGGACGCAUGCAGUUGAGGCAUGCAAAUCAGCCCUUUUCCGCUGCUUGCAGUUGCAUUAUUAAUGCUUCAACCUUUUAAAACAACUGCGAUUGCUACUAAAAGACCUAAUUUACGGACAAGGCCCUUAGAAAGAGCCAUCCUACGCGAUGAUGGUCAGUGUGACAAGACUGUUGUUUCCUUUUCUGCAUGACCGCCAAAAGUUUGCGGUGUAAAUUGCAUACUCUGUACACUCCUCAGUUCCAAUUUCCACACCGCCUCAUGUAAGUCUUCCGACCACCAGCAACAGUAGCUGACAAAGUCAGUUCAAACUCUUUACUCCAUGUUCAAUGAAAUUAUACGUUUGUCCUGAAUGCAACGAAGUUGACCGCUGUUGCAAAAGCAGAGAUUUCCCCGAACAAUCUGAGGGUGUUCGAUCAUGCCAAAAGCGCAUUUUCACAUUUUUUCAGCUGUGUAGAAGUUGUAAAAUAGUGUGUCACUCUAUUUUAAAUACCAGUGUGUGUCUUCUGUCAGGUAACCUUUUGAGAUUCCAUUUCUACCCUAAAUCGCUUGACUGUUCCACUCUCUAGUGUGUGGCCUUCAUCUCCAUCAUCUGUAUCAUUCUCUCAAUCAUCUCCUACUGUUCCAAAACAACCCCGAGUUUCACUCUGCCAGUUAUCGAUUUGACACGAGGAGCCUUCUCUGAUCAAGUCAUUCCAUCCCUACACGGCGGCUCCACAAACGGCAGCACUUCAACCAGCGUAUAUGCAGAGGAGUUUUUUACCAUUUCCUCAGUGGGUCGACCCCGAUUUCAUCGUGCCUUCAUGUAUAUUGAGAGCAUUUGCAAUAUCUGGUUCACCGUGGAGUUCAUCAUUCGUCUGCUGGUGACGGACGACCUCUUCAAGUUCCUUCGCAGUCCACUCAAUCUUAUUGACAUUCUGGCUAUUCUCAGUUUCUACACGGACGCUGCACUGCUUCUAAUGUCAUCGGAUCCGCCCGGAUUAGGCAGUUCGGCUGUUGAGUUGCUGAGCAUUGUUCGCGUAAUGCGGCUUUUCAAACUCACACGAUAUAUUUCGGGUCUGAAGAUUCUCAUCCUCACAUUUAAAGCAAGUGCCAAGGAACUCACCCUGCUAGUCUUCUUCCUCAUGGUCUUUAUCGUCCUCUUCGCGGCUCUUGUAUUCUACGCCGAACGCUUCAGUCCCUCGUCGCAGAGUGAUUUCUCAUCCAUACCAAUCGGCCUGUGGUGGGCAAUUGUCACCAUGACAACUGUGGGCUAUGGGGAUAUGGCACCCAAGUCCUCUGCCGGUAAGCUGCCAUUCUGA